GAAUGCUCAGUGCAACAUCCUCAGCUUGUAAAGGCAGACCUCCCUGAAGACUCGUGGCUGAAGAGAAGAUGGAAAUAGGUGAAGUCGGGUUGUCUCUUAUGUCUUCAGAGCCUAAGCGUCCAGCAAUACCUCCUAACAAAUUUGAGAGGUUAUUUCAGCCUUGCCUGGCCGAGUUGGUGGGAACUACUUUCUUUGUAUUCAUCGGGUGUGUGUCUGUGAUAGAGAAUACGGAGUCUACAGGGAGGCUUCAGCCAGCUCUGGUGCACGGUCUGGCUGUAGCCAUCAUGGUGGCUUGCAUGGCUGAAAUCAGUGGAUCCCAUUUCAACCCACCAUUCACCCUGGCCAUCUAUCUGUGUGGAGGGAUGGAGUUGAAUAUGGUGGCUCCUUAUCUUGUAUCCCAGUUGGUUGGAGGUGUGCUUGGAGCUGCUAUGGCAAAGGCGAUGACCUCCAGGGAAAACUUUUACAAAGCCAGUGGGGCUGCAUUUGCUCUGCUGCAGACGGACAGUGAUAUUGGAGCCGCUGUGUUUGGAGAGGUCGCCAUGACCUGCCUUGUCACCAUGGUGGUGCUGCUGGGGGCCGUCAACACCACCACCAGAAGCCCCAUGGUGCCAUUUAUGGUGGGCUGCACUGUUAUCAUCAACAUUUUGGCUGGUGGAGAUGUUUCUGGCACAUGUCUGAACCCAGCCAGAGCCUUUGGUCCAGCCAUAGUGCACAACUACUGGGUUUAUCACUGGGUGUACUGGGUGGGUCCCAUCACAGGAGGCCUGAUUGCAGCAGUACUGGUUCGACUGCUUCUUGGAGACAGGAAGAUUCGUCUCAUUCUGAAAUGAGACUUUAGUCGGCUACAUCAUGAGAUGGCUUUGUCAUCUAAGGUCAUAAUAUAACCCUUUUUUCUUAUGUGCUACUGAUAUGCUUGAUAUGCUUUGCUUUACAAUAAAAUGUGACUUUCUCAUAUAA